GCUGUGCCUUAUUUCGAGUGGGUAAUUGAAGAAGAAAGGGUCUGGCAGUGGAUUCUUUAAAAGGAAAGCAGGGGCACCUGGGUGGCUCAGUGGGUUAAUUGGCUGCCUUGGGCCAGGUCGUGAUCUCAGGCUCCUGGAAUGAAGCGCUUUGUCAGGCUCCCUGCUCGCUCUUUCUCAAAUAAAUAAAAUCUUAAAAAAAAAAAUAAAAGAAAAGCAAGGCAGGAUUUUUCUGUUCCAUUUUUCUUGUGUUAUGAGUAGUGGGUGGUAAAGUUCACGUGACUUUCUUACUGAUGUGCACGUUUUUUCUCCUCUCAGUGUUUUAGGAAGAAGAUCUUUUUAUUGAUUUUUAUUUUAUGCCAUACGUGGUCUCAGUUGCUAGGAAAGGUGGUAAUGGGUGAAAACUAGAAAAGUAGAAGACAGUAAACCACUAGCGGAGGGUUCAAAGUGAAAGCCUGUGAAAACAGGAUGAGUACAUGUAGUCCAUGCAACCUUGCUAGUCUGUGCUUUGGUGCAUGCAGACGGGUGGGAGCACGUGUGUCUGAGAGCUAGCAGUUGCCACAAGUUGUUUUUUUUGUUGUUGUUGUUACGGUAAUUUCCCCAGGUUUUGUUGUUAAUAUCUUGUGGAAAAUGGUGGCCCAAUAACUCCUUUCGUCUUUCAUUAAUUUUUUUUAGUGUUUUGUACUUCCUGCCAUCUGUACUCAGAUUUUUCUUCUUUCUACCACCAGCCCCCUAACCAGAAGUAAGUUUUCUGGUAACAGAUGAAGAUUAUUUAUUUCUAGGGUGCAGUCCAAGAGCUUGGAAAAGAGGCUGUGCUCUUCAGACAAAGUGUAGAUGUCACAGGCUUCAAGAGGAAGGUGUCACAGCCAGUGGACAUGUCCCAUGAUGAAUUUUAGAAUAUACACCAGGGGCUGCAAGAACAACUGAGCUGGAAUUCCUGUAAGGAAACAGCCUGUAUGUGAGACAGCUGGGCCUGUUCACCAGAUACUAGCCUUUUCUGAGAAGACAAACACUGGACAAUGGCACCGGAAUUCGUCUUGCCUGAGUCCCAGAGCUUGUUGACAUUUGAAGACGUGGCCAUGUAUUUUUCCCAGGAAGAAUGGGAGUUACUGGAUCCCACUCAGAAGACCCUCUACAACGAUGUAAUGCGGGAAAACUAUGAGACUGUCAUCUCUCUAGCUGUGCCUGUUCACCAGAUUGUAGACUUUUCUGAGAAGACAAACACCAAAGACUGGACAGUGGCACCCGAGCUCAUCUUGCCUGAGUCCCAGGAAGAAUGGGAGUUACUGGAUCCCACUCAGGAGGCCCUCUACAAUGAUGUAAUGCGGGAAAACUAUGAGACUGUCAUCUCUCUAGCAUUAUUUGUGCUUCCCAAACCUAAAGUGAUCUCCUAUCUAGAGCGUGGGGAAGAGCCAUGGGUUCAAGGGCCCUUGGAGUUCAAGAACAGUCCUGGAGACCUGCCUGCAGGGUUAAAGGUCAAAACUGUCACUGAAAACCAUCAGCCCGUAUGUCUUUCUGACUUAGAAAUACAAGCACCAGGAGACAUAGUAUCCAAAAAGGCCCGAGUGAAAGUUCCCCAGAAAACAACAGGUAAAGAAAAUCAUGGUGAUACACACAGGAUGGGGAAAUGGCAUCAAGAGUUUCCAGUUAAUCAAACAAAGGAACUUUCAAUCUGGGAAGAAGAGCUGCAGAGACUUAUGGAUCUUCACAAGAAAGCCCGUGCAGUAGAGAAGCCUUUUACAUGCCAAGAGUGUAGGAAAAACUUCAGACUUACCUCUGAUCUUACUAAACACAAAAAAAUUCACACGGAAGUGAAGCCGUAUAAAUGUCAACAUUGUGGUAAGAGCUUUAGAGGGAAAUCAGAUCUUAAUAAGCACAUAACAAUACACCAAGGAAUAAAACCAUAUAAAUGCUCCUGGUGUGGGAAAAGCUUCAGUCAAAAUUCAAAUCUGCGUACACACCAAAGAACUCACACUGGCGAGAAACCCUUUAUGUGUUAUGUAUGUGGAAAGAAAUUCAGUCAGAACUCCCACCUUAGUAAACACCGGAGAACCCACAUGUAACAUAAGCAUGAGAAACUUCAGAAGCAGUCCAGCCUUAUAUACCAGAAACACCACCACUGAACAGAAGCCUAUCCAGUGUCCUUGGUCUCAAGAAAUUCACCAAGUCGUGCUUAACCCCAGAGGUUUAUUAAAAAUAAAUUAUGAAGCAUGAAUAAUUCAUCAGUGGAAAAUUUGUUGAUAUAAACACGUUUCUCAGAAAGGAAUCAAGGUUGACUCUGCAGGGAUUGUGUUAGUUCUGUACUAAUUACAUUUUUACUAAUAAAUCUUCAGGGAAUCCCUAACAAGAAAGAUGGUCAAAGAAAAUUCUGAGUACAGAAUGUACUAUUUCAUGAUUGUACCUGGCAAUUAGCAAAUUCAGCUCAAAUAGCAAAUACACCCAUGAAUUAAUCAGUCUUCUGUGAUCAUCACGUUGUUGGUUUUGCAUUGAUCUCGCAGUCACUCUAAACACAUGGUAGGAACAUUUGUAGCAUGGUCUUCCAAAACAAGAAAGAGUAACCUGCAUGUUUAAUUGGAUACCAUUGGUAGUGGGCUUACCAAUUUCAAGAGCCCUAUGGGGCUGUCAAGUUUUCCAAGAACCAAAUUGGAUUUUCUUCCUCUCCUUUGUCAUUGACACUUCCCCAAGCUGGAGUUCCUUCUUGAACAUUUUAGCUCUUUAAUCUUUUCAGCGCCAUUUUUACUGUGAUGAAAUGCUAUUUACCUCACCACUAGGGAAUCUGCCAGAAGAAGUAAUAGUGCACUAACUUACACCUCUCGGUGGUGGUGGUUGAUAGAGGAAAAUAUCAAGAUCAUAUGGAAACGGGUUGCAAUUUUUAGCCAUGGAUUAUAUAUUACAUGUAAAAAAGAUUGUCUGCAAUAAAAGAAAUAGACAUUUUUCUCCUCUCACAAUGUCAACCAUAAAUAUUAGUACUUUCCCAGGUUCUAAACGGUAAUUUAUGGAAAUUCAGAAUCAGGUUUUUGUUUAUAAGAACAAAGAGGGUUGUUUAGGAACUGGAGUGUGUGCUGCACGCAGGAUGUUGUUCAUUGGGUGUGGCAGAACAUUGGGUUCCCAAGAGGAAAGGUUUGGGAAUCGAUGCUGAGUGGAGGGCAGGGAUGCGUGAAUCUGCAUUCCUGUUGGUUGUCUUACACUGUAAACUAUUGCUAAGCAGGCAGGGUGUACCUGUCUCUGUUUUGUACACAGCGUUUAACAACAGCCUUAGGUGACAAAUGAUGUCCUUAGCAUCUCUGUGGGCUGUGGAUCUUCUUAGAACUCUUGUCUAUGACGGUGACUCCCAAGUGUUCCUGUUAGAGCUUUUGGGUAGUUUCGGGAAGGGGGUUAAAUGAUCUCUCCCAAAUACCUUAUAAACGAUGAAGUUGAGGCUCAGAUACGGGGACUUGUUCAAGACCCGAUUGCUCGUGGUCUGUCGGCUGUCAGCUCGCUGCAUCGGGGAGGCCUGAAGGCGGGAUUAGCAGCAUGUGUACACUAUCCCUGCAGGGCCAGGCUGGGUGACACUGUGCUGUAUCUCCUUCUGACUUAGAAAAGCGCUUAGGUCUCCGUGUGUUCUGUGAAAGAGAGAAAACUAUUUCAACUCAGGGUUAUUCUAGAGAUUAGAGGGAUUGGCGAAAGAAAAGCCCCUCACAGCCUGGCCAGUGGUAGAUGCUCGAUCAGCGUGCAUGUGUUUCCCUUUCCCCUGCUCCCCAGGGUUGUGCUGGGCAGACUGACUGCAGUAAAGAAGCAGUUGUGUUUAUGGCUAUUUUCAGCUCCUUUGGGGAGUUGAGCAGUGCUGGUGGUGAUUAUGCUCAGUUGAUUUGGUCCUUGGCUUCAGUACUCCAUGGUGUAAGUCACCUGAGCUGUGGGUCUGGUGCUCUCAGCAAGAUGUUAUUUUCUUCCCCAAGAUGAACUACACCAAGUGUUAUUCCUUAGGCACAGCCAACUCUGAAGCUCUCGUCUGCGUAGCUGUUACCCAUCCCCCCCUUCCUUAGGCUUCGGUUACUCUGUCUCAUCCCGGGAUACAUGUGGACAUCUUUGUGCUACGUUCAUUCAAUUUCAUGUGGGCCCCUAUGUGCCCAGGCACUGUUCUAGACUGGGAAUAUAGUAGAGAACAAAAGAGCUAAAGAUGCACUCUCACGGGACUUGUGUUCUAGUGAAGAGUGUAAAGAAGAGUGGUUAUAGUUUUCUGCUCCUUGCAGUUCGGGCCAUAGGAUAGUUGUGGGUAACGCGUUGUGAGCAGAAGCCCCACUUCUGGGCUGAAGCCUUUAUUGGCGCAGGACUCUGUAGUGCCCUUCCUGGCUCGGUUGUGGAAGCCCAUCCAGAAAGAGGCCACAGGGCCAAAGUAGUCUGGAGUGCUGAGCCCCCAUGUGGAGUGCAGUUGUCCUGGGAAGUCCCUCAGACCUGUGAUGGACUUUAUGGGAAUGAGAAAUAAACUUCCAUUAAACUAC